UCGGGGAGUUCUAUUGGAGAAGCAGUUUCUACCUGUCUGCGGUAUCACGGUGCUUUCAAGACAACCGGGAACUCAUGAAGUCAGUGAUCUUCAGUUCGGAAAGUCGGAGCUCUAGAAAGAUACCCUAGUAUCCGACUUGGAAUUCCGAGUGGGUGACCGUUCAAAACGAUUUUUCCCAGUCAGAGCUCGUUUUUUUCCCGAAUUCCCAGUUUUUGUGAACGCGGCAUUAGUCAAGAAACCUGCCUAUUUUCCUCGAAAAUACGAAAUGUAAUGAUUCCAAAGCUAUACGAUAUUACAGAGAACAAGUUAAUUAUCUCACAUCUCGGCUAUACGAUAUUACCGAGAACAAGUUAAUUAUCGCACAUCUCGGAACAGAUUUGUAAUGUUUCUUGUUGAGUAAAUUCAUGCUAUUGUUUUUUUUCUUUAGCUAGCGCCCAAUUUGACUCCCAUUCACUCCUUGAAGAGCGCGCGUUUCCCAAAAUCGCCCAAAAUGCACCGCGCGUCCCAUUGACAACGCAUGGGCAACGUACACAAUAUGCGUUGGAGUUUUCCAUCUCCUCAAAAGUUUCUCUGGCCCGAUCGGGGAUUUCUAUUGGAGAAGCAGUUUAGACAUCUUCAUACCAAAGCAUAUUUUUUUGUCUACUCCGUUAUUUCUGAUCUGUGGACUCCAGUAGUGUUCUAGGACUAUACGAAGGGUCUUCAAAAGGAAUUUUAAAUCAUGUCUGAGGUGGAUUUUGAUAAGGCUGCAGAGGAGGUGAAGCAGCUGAAGGCUAAGCCAGCAGAUGUGGAGAUGCUCAGGGUCUACGCUCUGUUCAAACAGGCCAAAGUGGGCGACGUCAACACCACUUGUCCUGGGGUGCUGGAUUUCACUGGGAAAGCCAAAUGGGACGCCUGGGAGAAGGAGAAAGGGAAGAGCAAAGAGGAUGCCAGGAAGGAGUACAUUGCCUUGGUAGAGGAACUGAAAGGGAAGUGCGGAGUCUAAGAAAUGACUGACUGACCGGGCCGACCGCUGGCAGUGUAGAACCUUGACCUCUGUGGUCAGCCCACACCUCGUCUUAAUCCCAACGAGUAUGCCCGUUUCUACAAGACCUGGGGAAAAUGCAUAUGUCAAAUCCUUUGUAAUUCUAGCGGUGCACUUGGUUUAGCUGAGGUAUGUGCAAGGGUGGUUGGAGUUUGCAUUUUAUGGACUAUUCAAAUUGUUCCAUUGUACAGAACUACCUAAAUCAAGCACACCUCAAAUGACAUGUGUUUUACCCAGGAAUGUUUGCUACUGUGCAUUGCACUAAGAAUACAGGACCAACAAGCCACCGCUACGUACAGAGACAAACCAUCCUCCACCAUCAACUUCCUAGUUAAUGUUCUCAACUGGUUGUUCAGCCCACAACCUCCAUAAAGUUUACAUUUGUUUUAA